GAUUCGUAAGCGCUGUUUUAGCGCUGUCGCAGUGUUUUGUGCGAGCAGAGUCGCUGAAUCUGUUUUGUAACAGCCGUUUGUUUAUAUCAACGUAGCGCAUUCGCGUCGGCAAUUUGUAUUUGUGCGAACUCAUCCUCUCCGUUCAAGCAUUCACUCCGCACUGUCGUAAAUUUCUUCGGGACAUCUCCGUGAGAAAAUUCGAUCGCUGCUAUGCGCACCGCCCUGCUUUUCGCUACUAGGUUAUGACAUUCUGAUUAGUGAUCAUCGAUUCUCAUAAGCUAGACUGAGUCGCCUACGGCCACAGUACGUCGCUUCCAUUGCCCAUCUUGCUCGGAACCAAUGGAGGCAGGGCAAGGUCCUGUUCAGGAUCGGGCUACGGGGGCAACUCCGAAGACGUCGCUUAGCUGCCGAACGUCCUCUACUAGCCGCAUAAACACUGAAUGCAUCUCGCACCACUGGACCAUCGAGAACUUCAGCAAGUGCCAGUUCUUCCAAAGCGGUACAUUCUUCAGCGAAGAGUUCCCAAAGGAUUCGUCACUGGUGCGCCUCAAGCUUCGGUUGGAUCUGACAAAGGACUAUGCAUCCAUCUGUGUGGUGCCCUUCCAUGGGAUGCAGGGGCGCAACUGUGUGUACACGCUGACGCUUCUCGGCGAGGCGGGACGGCCCGUGCAGCGGUACUUCCACAACGGCUUCCAUACGCUCUACCGCGGCAGCACAAACUACCUGGGCAUUGAGCUCUGCAAGGCGUUUCUCUACAACCGCGAGAAUAAGUGCAUCCACGGCGAUGCCCUCAGCAUUCUGUUCGAGGUGGAGUUCCUCGCAGACAGCACCAACACGCCCAUCAAGCGUACGGACAUCCCUGUCAGCCCGCUACUCAAGAACUUGGCGGGCCUGCUGGAGGACAAGAGCUUUGGCAACGUGCAGCUGACGGUGCAGCAGCGGAACCUGUAUGCCCAUCGCGAUGUCUUGAUGCUUUCAUCGCCUGUGUUCGGUGCCAUGUUCUCGCAUCCCACCAAGGAGUCCCAAGAGCAGGUAAUCCACCUGCCGGACCAAUCCUUCGAUGCCAUGCGUGAGAUGCUGCUCUUUAUCUACACUGGUGAGGUUCCGAAUCUGGACAAGGUUGCCGAAGACUUGUAUGUGGCUGCAGACAAGUACUCAAUGAGUGAACUGAAGACUCUCUGUGGGGACUACUUGGGUUCAAACUUGACUGUAGAGAGGGCAGCAGAUGCGUUUGUCCUCUCGAACAUGUACAGCGAUGCCGAGCUGUCGCGUAGCAUUGCUCGUUUUAUUGCAGACCAUCUGGUGGCUGUGCAAAGAACUGCUGGCUGGAAGAACAUCUGGGGCAAACCUGACAUCACUGAGCGGCUGUUUAUGCUCAUUGCUGACAUUGGAAAUACCCUCGAGCCAGCCACAUAGUCUCUUGCUGACAGACUUAUUCCAGCAUUUUGCUCCACUGGUCAGUGUGGGUUGUGGAAUGGCGACGAGGGUGGAAUUUUCCAUAGGAGCUACUCGAAAACCAGAAGUUUGCACUUGUGUAUCCGCAUACGUCGUCGUCUCUUACUCAGUGUGUUCUUAUGAAAAUUGGGUAUCCAAUCUUUUGCCAUGUCAGGCAUGAGUUCUGAACAAAUAAAAGAACAUGCACAAGCUUUGUCGGUACUAUAUGUUCAAAGCAUGUCUAUUGUGGUGCUGUCAGGUUACACUCGUUGCUGAUAUUGGCUGUUGCCAUGGGUUGGCUCUUUAGGCCGAUCUACUAAAGACAUUUUGCCUGUUUGCGUGGUGGCUGGCAAUGUAGUGAAAGUGUCUUUUCGAAGAUUAGCUAAAUGCGAAAAUUUUGUGUAAAUAGCUUCAAAUGUUUCCACUCCGGGUGUACUCUGAAUUUGUGAAAAGUGUACUCUGCUGGCUUUUAUUAAAAGCUGGAGCCAAGCUGUGUGCUGGCUCUUGGAGGUCAGGAUGAUUGAUGCAAAUUUAGUAUUGUGACACACUUGUGACUGACAUAGGCAGAGUCCUUAUUUAACCUAGCAGCUUGUUUGUAAAUUGUAAAAAUGGUCCACCAGUACUUUGCUGCACUAGCGUGUAUUGUGUGGGAGAUUUUUGAGGUUGUGCCAAGUUGAAAGUUGUAUGCAGAGGAAAAUUUUCCUUCCAGAUAUUUUGCAUUGUGCACUCCCAAAAGCUAGCACUUACACAUGAUAAUCUGUGAUGGAACCAACAGUCAAUACAUUGAACUAUUCUGGUAGUAUAAGUUGCAUUUGUAGAGUUUCUGAGGACGAAGUCUGUGAUUGUGAGUAGAAGCAACACUAAGGACAGGUGCAAAAUGUUUGCCGUAUAUUUGCUGAUGCUGUAAGACAAAAGUGAGAGCAAAAAAUGAAAGCUGGGCAAGUUAGUGCACAAUCAACUUUAUAGCAAAAUACAUACAAACAGCCCAUAAAGCAGUGAAAGCCCACAAACAGGCCACAAGGCAGUGGAAGCCCUCUUGUGUUUUUUGAGAACGACGGGCUUCUGUGAACGCCUCUGACUUGCUGUGGAGUUCAACACGCUGCAGUGAAUUUACCAAGUAACAAAAAACUAAAAAGUGAACCUGGGCUCUCCUCACAACUACGUAAGGUAACUUCAACUUGUUGGUUGUGUGUAGCGGUUGUGUGUAGCGGUUGUGUUUUUCAUUUGUAGAUUCAUAUUGGUGCUAUGUUCUCAUGCUGCAGAGAAAGUUAAAAUAGGUGACCUCCUUUUCAUGUCUUUUAGAUUUACCACUGAAAACGAUUGCUCUUGAUUACAUCUUACAACUCUCUAGCAAUUUAUUAUAUUGUUUUUCAAUAUGUUAUGUUAGCCAUAAGGUGUUUGCAGUUGAUGGGGCUGGGGGCUAAGUUGCUGACAGCAGCAGUAAUGCAGAAACAUUGAAAGCAAGUUAUUGAUGACUUGCUAACAUUGGUAACAUUAAAGUUCAAAACUGGCAUAAAAACUGUCUGUUUGCAUGCAUGCCGAAAGAGUGGGUUAAACCAGUCAUGUCACUUCUAUAGAGAAAGUGACUAGGCGCUAUUCCAUGUUUCUACAUACUGCGUUGACACAGUGCAGCCGUCAAUAAAACAGCUGUAAGCAUUGUGCUACUUGCAUGUGCCACUAACCAGAGGCAGUGCCGAAAGUUAGUGCCCGGCAUGAGACUUCGUCCCAUGCCGGGGACGAAGUCUCAGUAGUAAUUGUAACAUUCUGAAGUUUUGCAAUAUUUGAGCGGUCCUUCAAGCACACCAUUAUUUUGGUUGUUGGGUUUCUGCACAAAGAAGGAUUAAUGUCGGUGUGUUAGCAACAUGAAAGCUUUUCAAUAUCAUGUAGAACUUGACUGCUCUUGUGCUGUGAAAUGCAAGCAGGGAGCAAAUUGGGAUGUUAAUACACCAUGUGGAAAUAAGUAGCAAUUUGUGCUUGCAUUUUAGAGCUUUAAAGAAUGAAAUAUGGGUAAGUCUAGAAAGUUGAAGUAUGCUAUUUGUCUGCACUUUUAAUGUAGAUUGUAUUGUAGGUUGCACAAGUUUGCUCACAUCUCGCAUUAUGGUUGUUGCGUACAAAUGUGGCCACUAGGAUGGGCCGAGAGACUACGUUACCUGUUUUUUAAAGCUGUCUAAGUUGAGAGACUGUUUAAGAAUGGCCAUAGUACUGUGAAAGUAACUGUGAAGUAUUACUGUAAAAAUGUUUCUGUUGCGCAAUAUAAAGCACUGUGAUCCAGCAUAUCUGGCGGGAUAAAGCUGUCGGUCUUGCACAGUCUUUCAGUUUUCUUUGGCACCUGCUGCUAACUUCAUCUAUUAUAUCUGCCAACCAGUGUAUGUACAAUAAGGUGGCCUUGCCUAGCUGUAGCUACCACUCCAAAGUAAUUAAUCUGCAAAUGCAGGUGGUACCCAGAUGGUGAUGUAAAAGAUCAAUGUGCUGUGUGUUUUCCUCUGAAUUUUUAAAUGUCCUUUGGCAUGUAUUUACGCAGCUCAGUUAUGUGUUUAAUGUUCUUCACUGUACACACUAAGGUCAGUUCAGGGUGCUGCAAUGCUUUUUUGCUUGAAUGCUCAAGUCCUAGAGGCCAAAGUUAGUGUGUGUUUUUAAGCAUCUAGAGAGUGCAUUUGUCAUUGGCACGUCUUCAGUGUGCACCAAGCUGUGGUGCUGCGUUCAACAUUCUAGUGCAAAUGUACAUAUACCUAGAAUAGUGGUUUCAACUAACCAUUAUCAUGUGAGUUGUAUUUAACUAUGUCAUUGUAUUCAUUGUAAUAAAAGGAAAUGUGAUAGACUGUA